AUGUUUUCAUUACUUACCUUCUUUAUUACAGCACUUAUAAUAACAACAAGUACUCCAAUUGAUUCUAGUUUAGUACCUAUUUUAGAAAUUCCAAAAUAUAACUUAUAUUCUAUCACAAGCUAUAGAAGUCAACAAGAAACAAGAAAACAAUUUCAUGAUUCCAUAAAAAUUCUAUUAAAUAAUACGAUAGAUUUUGAUGGAACAACACAUUUGCUGUUAACUAAGAAAUUGAGGAAUUGGGAUAAAAUUAACAAAAUGGAAACGGAGUUCGAAAAAGUUAUAAGAAUGAUAGGCGUAAAAUAUGAUUACAAGAGAGACAUGUUUUGGAGGACGUGGCGAGAUGUUACAUUUGCGAAUGGCACUGAUAACACAGUGAUAUUUUAUAAAUAUCAAAGUAUAAUAAACGAAACCUGUAAACAUUGUUAUGACGGUAUAUUUUGGGUUAUAGAAGAGCCUCCGUGUCCCUACGAGUUUUUGUCAGUAAUUAACAAAGAUAAAUUAUGUGCAAUCAGCUGGUUUCAAUUAAACAAUAUCACUUCAAAAUGUCCGUUACUGAUAUCAUUUUCGGAUCUAAACACCUGUGACAAUCCCAUCGUUACUAAAUAUAAACUUAGAAGAAUUUAUAAUAAAGUUUCCGAACGUCGCUCAACUGUCAUGUUUAUGUGCAAAUGGCGGGAAGAUUGUGAAUUUUCAACGUUUUACGCGAUAUUCCCCGAAUUUAUACUGUUUCAAAUAAUUAAUUCCACUAAUCAUAUUAUAUACUCAAGAAUAAUGAGAAGCGGUAGAAAAAAUUAUGUGUGCAUUGAAAAUUGUGGUUAUAUGGAUCCAAACUCGAAGAAAAACGUUAAAAAUUAUAAAUCACUACGAAAACAUUUAUUAGAUAAACUACCAAAGACCAAUAAAAUAGAUGAUCAUUUUUUAUUUACAGUAAAUAGUUCUGUUGGUACAUUACAGCAUCAUAUAAGCCGAGAAAAAUUGGCGGGAAAUGUUGAAGACGAUUCAAAACCUAGAAUGGGACAAUUUAGUCUCCAUUCAAUAAUUAAUAAGAUAAAAGUAACGACAAAUUUGAAUAAAGAAUUUGAUUUAAAUGUUGGCACAAAUGAAUUUUCUGAUAGUAACAUUUUAUUUGAUGUAGUAACAAGGGCCAGUACUACAAUUUCAAAUUGUAAAAGAUUAGAAAAAGAAAUGGACGAGUAUUAUGGUAGUGAAUCAGAAGAUUAUUACUAUUUAGAAUAGUUUUUAGCUGGAGAAAGACCAUACAUACUAUCCUAAAUGUUUUUAACGAACGUUGGCAUUAUCUAUUAUUAUUUUAGCAGGGGAGACUUUGUACAAAAGUGUUUGCAUGGCUGUGUUUCGGUUUCAAGGGUGGGAUAUGGCGUGAAUUUACUGGGUACAGAGGAAUAACAC